GUGAUCGAUUACUGAGUGAUCGUCGUACCCAGUGAAAAUGUCUUCCAAAGAUUCCUCUGUUCAAGCGUAUUGCUUGGAGGAUUUCGAGAAGAAGGCAAUACCAAGACUAAGCGAUAGAGCUCGGAGAUUUUUUGUUGGAGGAGCCGACGAAGAGUUUACGUUAAGAGAUAACGUCAAUGCUUUCAAAAGAAUAUGGUUAAGACCCAGAAUGCUUCGGGGGAUAACAGAAGUGGACAUGUCGACUACUGUCCUUGGAGAGCAGAUCAGUAUGCCAAUAUGUGCUGCACCCACUGGGUUUCAAAAGAUGGCACACCAAGAUGGCGAAGUUGGUAGUGCAAUUGCAUGCGCAAGAUCAAAAACAAUGGUGUGUAUUAGCACCUAUUCAUCCUCAUCGAUCGAUGAUAUCGCAAACGCCCCUUUUCAAGGUCUGAGGUGGCUGCAGCUGUAUGUAUUAAAGGAUGUUCAACAGAUGACACGUCUCAUCCGUGAUGCAGAGAAGGCUGGGUUUAAAGCUGUUGUUCUUACAGUAGAUGCUACCGUCAUUGGGAAUAGACGAGCCACAGCAAUGCCUGGUUUCUUCGAUGGAUUAGAAAUUCCUAUGAUAACGAAUUCGAGAUCUCAAAAGCUUGAGUCUCACCCAGAUAAAGUACUCGAUGAUAGUAUAACUUGGGAUAUCAUAUCAUGGGUGAAAUCCAUCACCAAGCUACCAGUUAUCAUCAAAGGUAUCCUUACAGCAGAAGAUGCUAAACUUGCUGUUCAACAUGGUGCAGAUGCCAUCAUAGUGUCAAACCAUGGUGGUAGACAGUUGGAUGGAGUACUAGCAACUAUUGAUGCUCUACCAGAAGUAGUGUCAGCUGUCAAUGGUCAAGUUGAGGUAUACUUGGAUGGUGGAGUGAGGCUUGGUACUGAUGUACUGAAGGCAUUAGCACUGGGUGCACGUGCUGUGUUUAUUGGUCGGCCUGUGUUAUGGGGACUAGCUGUUCAGGGUUCAGAAGGUGUUCACCAAGUUCUUGAGCUUCUAAGAGCUGAGCUACGCACAGCUAUGAUUCUUUCUGGAUGUUCUUCAGUAAAAGACAUUACAUCUUCUCUUGUUAGUAGACAGCAGUGUCAAUGCCGUUUAUAACCGAAUUCCUUUAAAUGCUGUUAUAUUUGUGUCCGUAAAUCUGAAACAACAUUCAGUUAAUUGCACUGAUGAUAUAGAGCGUUUUAAAUUUUUUGUUUUUAAAUGCUCAAUGUCUAAUUAUGUAAUAAAUAUGGAAUAGUGAUAAUUAAACAACUUGCAUGUGUGG